UGUUUUCGUUCAGAACGCUUUAAAUUAUUCGUGGUGCGGUUCCUCUGAAAUGAAAAUGAAAAAUUUACUUUCUAGAUUGCGUAAAUAUAGUUUCAAUAGUAAUAGAAAUGUUGGGAAUGUGGCGGAUUCUGUUUCAUAUUUUGGAAUGUUUCGAUAUGCAAGACUCUCCGACAAAUUGCUGUUAUUUACAGGUAUAUUCUGUUGUAUACUAGGAGGGAUUUUAAAACCAAUACACUAUACCCUAAUUGGUCAUUUAAUCAAUGAGUAUGUAAAAUUUACUGCAUAUAGUAAUUCUGUCAAUACCUCCACGACACUUGAACAGAAAACCGAGGCAGAAGAAGCUUUUUUAAAUUACAUAUCUUUUUUUUGCAAAACAUCUGCUCUUAUUGGUCUACUGCUGGUUAUUUUUCAUUACAUUUCUGUAGCUACUUUUAAUUAUUCCUCACUGCGACAGAUUUUUAGAAUAAGAUCCGAAUAUUUACGAGCUAUGCUACAUCAAGAUAUAUCCUGGUAUGAUUCAGAGAAAAACGAUGAUUUCGCUAGUAGAAUGUCAAAUGACAUAUAUAAACUCGAAGAUGGCUUGGGAGAGAAAAUACCAUUGUUUUUAAAUAUGCAAGUCACUUUUAUUUCAGGUUUCAUUUUGUGCUUUGUAAAAGGUUGGAAACUUGCCCUUACUGCUUUAGUUCCAAUACCUCUUAUAUUUGUUGUAAACGGAUUAAUACAUUGGUUUACUAUCAAACUGGCUGAAAGUGAAAUGCAAGCCUACGGAACUGCUGGAUCCAUUGCAGAGGAAGUAUUUACAUUAAUAAAGACAGUAACUGCUUUUGGUGGGCAACAAAAAGAAAUAGAUCGAUAUAAAAAAAAUGUAGUUGUUGCUAGAAAAAAUAAUAUAAGGAGAUCUUUAUUUUCGGGUGCAGGAGCUGGUUCUGUUCAUUUAUUUACUUUUGGUAGUCAGGCUUUAGUGUUUUGGUAUGGUAUAUCUCUGAUAAUAGAAGAAAAAGAUAUGCCGAAUCCCACAUACACUAUAACCAAUGUCGCUACAAUAUUGUUUUGCUGUCUUCUGGGAUUUUUUACAAUUGGUCAAUCAGCUCCUUAUAUUGAGACCUUUGGUUUGGCUAAAUCAGCUGCUACCAACAUUUUUCGUCUAAUCGACAAUGAACCAAUUAUUAAUUUUCCAAAGCCUGAUUUAAAGACUUUAAUUUCGUUUAAAGGAAAUAUAGAAUUUAGAAAUGUUAAAUUCCAUUAUCCUUCACGGCCAGGAAUAUCAGUUCUGAAAGGAAUAUAUUUUAAAAUAAAAGCAGGAGAAAAGGUUGCUAUUGUUGGGGGUUCUGGAUGUGGUAAGUCAACGAUAAUUCAACUUCUUCAAAGAUUCUAUGACCCAAUAUCAGGACAGAUUCUAAUUGAUGGAAAUAACAUUAAAGAAUUGGAUUUAAAUUGGUUAAGAUCCAAUAUUGGUAUAGUUGGGCAAGAACCUGUCCUGUUCAGUACAAGUAUAAUAGAGAAUAUUAGGUAUGGAAAAGACGGAGUUACUGAUGAUAAAGUCAUAGCAGCCGCAAAAAAGGCUAAUGCUCACGAUUUCAUUCAAUCUUUGCCAAACGGUUACAAUACAAUAGUGGGUGAAAAAGGAACACAAUUAUCGGGAGGACAGAAGCAACGAAUAGCAAUAGCUAGAGCAUUAGUAAGAAAUCCUAUUUUAUUACUAUUAGAUGAAGCUACUUCUGCUCUUGAUAAUACUAGUGAGGCUAAAGUACAAGCAGCAUUAGACAUGGCUAGUGCUAGCUGUACAACGAUAAUUGUUGCUCAUCGUUUGUCAACUAUCCGCGCUGCCAAUAAAAUUAUUAUGUUAUCUCAAGGGGUUGUGAUAGAAGAAGGAUCUCAUAAUGAACUAAUGGCAUUAAAGAAUCAGUACUACGGAUUAGUUACUGCACAAUUACCAAGCAAUGAAACUGAAAAGGAGUAUGGUAAAGAAAUUAAUGAUUAUAUUGACAAUAAGGAUAAAGAUACUAGUUUAAAUAAUUAUUCAAAGCAGGACAUGAUUGAAGAUGAUGAUUUUGAAACAAAUAUGGAUAUAACAAUAUUAGAUGUAAUUAAAAUGAAUUCGCCAGAGUGGCGUUUCUUAAUUGCUGCAAGUAUUGCAUCAAUCUUUAUUGGUUGUGGACUACCAAUGUUUUCUGUGCUUUUCGGAAAAAUUAUAGGACAAUUGGCCAAUACUGACACACAAUAUUUAUUAUCACAAGUAAAUACAUUUUGCGUUUAUUAUAUUAUAACUGGCGGAAUUUUGAUGAUAUCAACGUUAUUGCAGUUCUAUUUCUUAGGAAUUGCUGGAGAAAGAAUGACAGAGAGAAUUCGUGUUCGCCUAUUCAAAGCAAUACUUGGUCAAGAAAUGAGCUUCUUUGAUAAAAGAUCAAAUGGAGUUGGUGUUUUAUGUGCUAAAUUGUCUGCAGAUGCAACUAGUAUACAAGGAGCAACUGGACAACGAAUUGGAACAAUUUUACAGGCAUUUUCAACGGCUGCAGUAGCAAUUGGCAUUUCUCUUUACUAUGAAUGGAGGCUCGCUUUAGUUGCAGCAUCUUUUACCCCGUUUAUUAUUGGUUUUAUGUUUUUGAACAAACUCUUUAACAAAGCAAAAAAUAACGAUUCUCUGGAAGAUGCAAUUCAAAAUUCAACAAGGAUAGCUCUGGAGGCAUUAUCAAAUAUUAGAACAGUAGCUGCGUUUGGUAUCGAACAUAAAUUUCAUCAAAAUUAUAUAUCGAAACUGAAACCAUUCUAUAAAUUAGCAUUAAAUUCAAUCCACUUGAGGGCGUUGGUAUAUGGGCUAUCAACAGGUUCUUUAUUUUUUGGAUACACGGCAAUCAUUUAUUAUGGAGGUUUCCUCAUUGUUGCAGGAUUAUCUUAUGAUAAAGUAAUUCAGAUAGGUCAAUGCCAAAUGAUGGGUAGUGUGUUCAUAGCCAAUGUUCUUGCAUUUGCCCCAAACCUAGCUAAAGGUUUUACUGCAGCAAAAAAAGUGAAAAGCUUUUUAUCUAAAGAAAAACAAAUAAAAAAUGUAAUCGCAUCAAAUAAUCUAACUCAGGUAACGGGGUCCAUAAACUAUUCCAAUAUACAAUUUUCGUAUCCAACAAGACCAGAUGUGCCGGUGUUAAAUGGCCUGACCUUAAAAAUUUCCAAUGGAAAAACAAUAGCACUUGUAGGAGAAAGCGGUUGUGGAAAAUCCACUAUAUUACAGCUGAUUGAAAAAUUUUAUGAUCCAUCUUCUGGAAAUAUUUAUUUGGAUGAUUAUAAUAUUAAAAACAUAUCGCCACAAGUUUUAAGAUCCCAUUUAAGUAUUGUCUCGCAAGAACCAAAUUUAUUUAAUUACACUAUAUCCGAAAAUAUUGCUUAUGGUGAUAAUUCUAGAGAUGUACCAAUGGAUGAAAUUAUACAGGCAGCUAAAAAUGCUAAUAUCCACGAUUUCAUAUCUGGAUUACCACAAGGUUACGAUACAAAAUUAGGUGAAAGAUCGACACAAUUAUCAGGAGGACAAAAACAAAGAAUUGCAAUUGCAAGGGCUUUAGUAAGAAAUCCAAGGAUUUUAUUACUUGACGAAGCAACAUCGGCAUUGGAUAGUGAAAGUGAAAAAAUUGUACAAGAAGCAUUAGAUACAGCAAAAAAAGGAAGAACUUGUAUAACUAUUGCCCAUAGAUUAACAACGAUUCAGGAUGCUGAUCUGAUAUGUGUCGUAGAUAAAGGAGUCAUUGUGGAAUCAGGGACGCAUAAAGAAUUAUUAAACAAAGCUGGAUUUUAUUACAAGAUGUAUUCUCAAAAUAGUUCGAUUAAUUGAUGAAAUAAUAAUAAAC